AUGGUUAUCCUCACCAGCCGAGCGGAUAUGUCAGAGGGACCAGCCACGCCCGAGUGGGACAUCAAUGACGCGGUAGUUCCGCGUGUCACAAGCUUCGACUCCUUCGGCGAAUGGUGCGACGGCCACGUGCGAAGAGUAUACCCCCCCGGUUGUGAAGAGGCCCGAAGGCAUGCCUCCGGUUGGGCAAUGAGGAACACAAAUAACCACAAUGUUCACAUACUGAAAAAAAGUUGCCUAGGUGUAUUGGUCUGCUCAGUCAGGUGCCGCUUACCGGACGGAUCCCGUGUGCACUUACGACCAGCUAUAUGUGAUAAAGCCAGGAAAAAACAGCAAGGUAAGCCUUGUCCAAACCGACUAUGCAACGGUGGUCGCCUAGAAGUCCAGCCAUGUCGUGGUCACUGCGGCUACCCUGUCACCCACUUCUGGCGUCACACGGAACACGCCAUCUUCUUCCAAGCAAAGGGUUCUCACGACCACCCACGACCCGAAGCCAAAGGUGCUAGCGAAGUGCGACGAUCGCUCGGCGCAGGCAGAAGGGUCCGCGGGCUAGCAUUACUCCUUGCGCGAGAAGCUGCUAUCGCUGAUAAAAUACUGACUGUGAAACCAGAAAAGCAUAUGCAACAGAAAUUGAACGUUCACCCACAACCUCCACCGCUAAUUCCAGAUAACCAAAGAGUUCUUACAUGCACGUGUGGGCCAUUUGAAUGCAACUGCCGAUGGCGAUCCGAAACUGCAGCCGAGCCUUACGCAGCGGCCGCGUGGACACCAACGGAACACCAAUCCUACACAGCGUACAUCCCACCGAACCAGCCAACGUCGUCACUCCCGCCGCCCCAACAGUAUGACCCCAACGCUCUUCCAGCAGACGACAUAUUCCAUCCAGAAGAAAUCUUCCAGCUCGACCAACCGAUACGCCUCGAUUUUCCUAUGGAGGAAAAUACUCUAGAAUCGCCAACCUUCGCAGAUCUCAACGGUGAAAACUCAAGGCCCGAGGAUGCUUACUGGCUAGAAUGGCAACGGGCUGCAGGCGGAUCAGAAUCUAGUGAAACCCCAUCCCCCGAACUCUUCGGUAAUGGGUACCAACAGACAGAAAUGUAUUGUGACCAACAAGCUUACAUCCAUCAAAAUUAUUAUCCAGAGGAAGCGCAAUACUACCCUGUGGAAAACAUUAGAAAUUCUUCUCCAUCGAUGGAACUGCAGGAUCCGCGGUACUACAGAUACGGUCAGGACUGUGCACAAAACAAUGUUGAAAUGCAGACGUGGAACUAUUCGGAUUGCGCCUUCAGUUCGCACGAGGUACCCGAAUGCAAACAGUAUUAUGAUGCCCAACAUUCGCAAGCCGUUAACGGCUUUAGUUCACUGUUAUAA